CUUUUAAGUUCUUACAAUAUUAUAUUAUAUAAUUAUAUUAUAAUAAUAAUCAUUAUCAAUUGAACGAUAAUACUAUAUAUUAUAAUUAAAAAUAAAAAUAUUGUUUCACGUUUAAAAAAAAAAAAAAAAAAAAAAAAAAUGACGCGUUUUGUUUUGACGCGACGCCAAUAACACUCGCGUGAAUUGUGUUCUGCAAGGUUAACACUUCCGUGUUGUUUAGGUAUUGACGGUGUAAUAAUAACAAAAAAAAAAAAAAAAAAAACUUAAGAAAUCUGAAUUCUACAGUCAUAGUACUGGCGGGUACAUAAAUACGAGUUCAAUAGGCCACGGGGAAAUAUUAUGUCCACAUAAACUUAUAGCUACGGACAAAUUCGGACACAACAAAAACGUAAUUAAUUUAAAUUUUUUCAUCCCGUCAAUUUUCGUAUUUGGCCAUAUUUUCCUCCGGCCGCUUUGAUUAUGGACGAUUUUUAUUUGGCCAUUAUUAUCGACUGACGGUUCUUGCGAACAGAUAUCUUAAUAUUGUGAGUUACGCGGUAUAAAAAUCAUAUUGAGUUUUCUAAAAACACGAUUUAUUACGUUAGGUUUUACAUCAAGGCGACAAAUCAGCAACUUUCUGUCUCGCGGCAAAAUCCAUUUUGGUGACACGAUUUUCGUGUUUCUAGAGACAUUUCGUGUCCGCUCAAAAGCGUUAAAAGGUUUCUGUUUUGUUCCUGUUUCCGGCAACAUGAGUCUUUUUGAUGUAAUCGGGUGUUACUGUUGCAUCACUAAUUGUAAUUGUUUAUAUAAUUAAUUAUCAACUCGCUAUCGUUAAAACGUAUCAUUAUCAGUGAACAAUCGGCUGCAUAAGCAUUUAUCACGCAUAAAUUAUCGUAAUUUAUCACCAUAACAUAAUGAAUAUUUUUUCAAUUUUAAAUCCUCACGGUGUUGCCAUAAAAAUCCAAUUUGUAAGUAAACCAAAUAAACUGUGGUCUACAUACGAUACAAUUUAAGUCAAUAGAACUGCAUAGACAAUAAAUGUUUAUUCAUUUAAAAAAAUGUAACUGAUAAAAAUUCCAAUGUUUGUCACUUUUUUGUCUGUGCAGUGUGAACAGCAAACGGAAUGUAAGCAUUUUUCCUAGGAAAUGUGUCCAUUUUCUUUUUUUAACGUAAACAGAAAAGUUGCUGGUUUUUCGCCGUAUACUUUAUUUCUCGUCAAUUUUGUCACCGGAGUUUGUUGCUAUUAUGUUUUUUAUUUUGUUACCUUAAUGUAAACCCGGCAUUAAACACAAUGGCUAUUCGAAAACAAUAUUCGUUUUUGUGACAUCCGAACACGAAGAAAAGCAAUUUGGAUAAUUCCGCACCCCGUUGAAUAAUAAUUGCUAUGGGUCGACUGUGUUAUAGGUGGACUUCCAUCGUCUGAAAUUUAGGUGUUUUUGUUUUUUUUUCUUGGUCGAUAUAAUAUAAUCGCAAUGUUGCCGUUUACCGACGUGAUCGAUAACGCGCGUGAUUGAUAAUACUAGUCCCGGGAAUGUCUGCGGGAACGAACCUACAGAUAAACGGUACACAAACAAUAAACGGACGACCGUUCAAAUAACACACCGAUAGUAAAUACAUAAAUACAUAAUAUAAAAUAAACAUAUUUUUUUCAAAUGGUAAAAUGAAUUCGUCGGAAAUUCGGACGAAUCCACUUCCCAACCGUAAUAAUAUUUAAUGUUCAGAGAAUCGAUUCGUGCGCCGUUCGGCACGAUAAGUUAUAUCGGGAGAACCGAAUAACAGCAAAAAAAAAAAAAUGUCAUAAAAUCGAUAAAAUUAGAAGAAAAAAAACAUCCACGUUCUUCCCGUUACUUUAGCGGCGUUUUUACAGUAACGUCGUCGCGUGACGCCUAUCCAGCGGUUAAAGUGGGACAAACUUCGAAAGGGUUCGCAAUGUUCACCGAAAACCGAGGGACUUUUAUUAAUAGUAAACCCAACCAAACUUUUAGGAAACCCGUCAAGACUUCCGAAACGCUUUUUCUCUCGCGCACAUUUCGCUCAUAAAAACGUAAUACAGUUAUAUUAUUUGAGUUCGAAAAUAAACUGCGUUCGUCCCGCCCCCGAAAUAUGACCCCCUACGCCGCACGGUCGUCCGGCAAAAAUAAAGUAAAACGAAUUACGUACAAUCUAUUACAGGACGUGUUUGACGAAACCAACUGGGAUUUUUAGAAUUUCGUUAAAAACUUCUCGGCGACAAUAACCGAAUCGCCCCCCGCGAAUACUUCGAAGACUCGGACUGUACGGGAGGACCGACCGUUUUACCUGACGUAAGUAUGAGGACACUAUUGCGAUCGCGGACCGCUCGAUAAAAUUAAAAUAAUAAAAAAACAAUAAAAAUUUAAAAAAAUUACGCCUCGUCCGAGACGGACGGGCGUACGCAGCGUAAGUAUACACGGUACGUACCUGUCGGCGAAACCAAAACAAAAUCGAGGUGACCGCGCAUACUUUGCGCCGCGCCCUUGACGGCGGAGCGGCUACGUGACCGCGAGGUCUCACGUAUCCGCGCACACCCAUACGUGUCGUCGAAGCGUUUCGCGGACGUACCGCGUUGUUUGGGAAAUUCGGACUCCGGACGGACGUUAUCGCCGGGACCGACCAAAACAACAGCGGCGGCGCAAUCGGAGCCGGUUAUCUCGGGCCGGGCGCCGGUCUAUAAAACGACCGGCCGGAGACGCACUGGACAUCAGUCACACACGCCCGUCACGACCGAGUUUCCGUCCGCGUACACAAAUAUAAUAAAAUAUUAUUAGUAUACCCCGUUCGUUUCAAACACAUUAGUAUACCCGACCAUGUACCGCGACCGCUUACUAACCGUGUGUUUGUGCGUUUUAGUGACCGCGGUGACCGGCAAUCCGCACGAGUGUUUGCUGGAAGAAUACCGGAGAGCGUUGCUCGCCCAUUACAACCUCUCGCCGGCGGCGGUGGCCGCCGCGGAACCCGUGCCGUACGAUUACGAAGCGGCGGGCCUCAGACCCGGCAGAUCCAACGACGCGGGCGCGAAGCCGGGCGUCCCGCAGCACGUGCUCGACCCGGCCGCGGCCAGAGAGCCGACCGCUCCUUGCAAGGCUACGCUCGCGCAACCGGCCAAGGGCGUCAACGACACUUCGUCGAUGGCGACCGUCGAGAAGCUGUCCGCGUACUACGACCACCUGAAGAACCAACAGGAACUGCUGGCCAGGCAACAGCACCAGCACCAACUGUUCGAGUUGCAGCAGCGCCGGCAACAGGAGUUCAUACUCGUCCAGCAGCAGAUCCAGCAGCAGUACCUGCAGCAGCAGCAGCACGCGCUGUUCAUGUUGGAACAGCUGCGCAAGAAUCCCGCGUUCGCCGGCCAGCUGGCAGCGUUCGCCGGCACAAACGGCACGGACGUGCCGAACAACGAACCCGCCGGCAAGGAGCCGCCGGCCGCCGUCAACAAGGGCACGUCGCCGACCAAGUUUGUGCCCGCCAAGGAACAGACCAUAGCCAACCACGCGGAAGUUCAGGCCGACGACUGCGGCGCCAAUAAGCGCGUGGGCCUCAGGCAAACGGUCGCCGCCAAAAUCGACCGGUCGUCCGACGCCGAAGACGACGACCCGGAAGACGUCCGGUAUUCGAAUUCGGAAUACGACGACCAGACGGCGGACGACGAAAACGAGAAACCGGCGGUCAUGAAGAAAGUCUACAGGGUGUCGGCCUCGGAAGCGGACGCCGACGAAAACUCGAUGGCCGACGCCAAGAGCCGGGCCGCGGCCAGUCGCAUGAAAAUCGCGGACGGAUGCGGCUCCAAGCGUCCGGUCACCAGACGGGCAGUGGCCGCGGCGAACCAGCCGUCGUAUUCCGGAACACCGUUCGCCGGUCGCGGCCAGACUCAGCCCGGGGGCGACGGUGACGUUCCUCCGACAAUGUGGAAACUCGCGAACGAACACGGUGUUCACCGACAUCUGGCCGCGAGACAGGCCGUGUUCGGCGUCGACCCGUCGUUCGCGUCCGAAAACGUACAGAAAGCGGACGGGACGGCGACCGAGUAGUACCUAAGAACAAUGCCUACUGCGCCACUCGGGACCACAAUCUGAUCCACGAAUAUUCUCACCGACCGUACAUUAUAAAUUAUUAAAUUAUUAUUAUUGAACAUUUUUAAAUAAUGUAUCGUAAAUGCUUUCUUUUAUUUUUUUUUUUUUUUUUAAACCGCAUAUUUUAUUGUUAAAAUUUGUAAAUAUUAACUGUAUCAAUUACGCCUACUUAAAUCUAAUAGCGAUAAUGUCUUUGUACAUAAUUAUAAUACUCUUUACGGUUAUAAUAUUAUUGCAUUAUCUAGUUUAUAUAUGUAGUUUAUAUAUUCGGUGUCGGCAUAUUGUACGUUUUUGGGGAAUUUUCGUUUUCAACCGAACAAACUCGAACGUGACGGCCAGAAUAUAACACAUAAUAUUGCAUUAUAUUCGCAUGUAUUUGACAGUUAAAAUGAUUGUUGGCGCGUUUUAUUUUAUUUUUUUUUUUUUUAAAUACAUUAAUAACCGUUUUAAACAAUCGUACCGUGUUAUCGUAUUGUUAAGAAUAUUGAUAAGCCCAUAUAUAUUGUUUUCCGCAAACGGUAUCCAAUACUGAUAAGCAGUGACAUUUCAUUCGGAUAGUCUAUAAACUGUUCAUGAAUAUUCCGAAAAUAUGUGAUGACAGAAAUGUUAACAACCUAUACAGGCACAAUAUUAAAAAGACGGACAUAUUUCGCACGAUCGAUGGGCCACUGUUUUAGGCGAGAAGUUUGGAGGCUGGGAUAUAGAGAAAAGUUCAAUAUAUAUAUAUAUAUAUAUAUAUCUGUUACAGUAAAACAAUGCUAAUGAAAAACGAUUCGGAGCAGAGUUCAAUUAUACAUGUUUUAAAACGCCGUAAUAUUUACGAUUUUCGUCAAAAUUUGAUAUUAAAAUUUUUUACAAAAAACAUUGAGCAAAAUUUAGAUUUUUCGCUUAAAAAUUACGACUUAUAAUGAACCUCUUGUUAAAUUUUCUAGCAUUUCUGUUUAGUCAAACAAUUUUAUUCACAGAGUACCUACCGUAUAAAAAUUACAAUGUCUAUGAAUAGUUAAAGAACGAGCAAAAUAUUUUCAAAAUUUUUUUACGCCCAGAAAAGUAAAUAUAAGUGUUCUGUCCAAUUUUCAAGUCUCUACAAAUACUUUUAACUGAAUAAAAGUAAUAAAACAAAAUUGAAAAUAAUACAUUUCGUAAAUUGUCCCGUUUGUCCUACGUUUUUCCCCAAGUUUUCCGAUUUAAUGUGACAACCCCACGAAAGAAAUAAAAAAAUAACCUGUUAGAAGUACCACUCGGGUUAAAUUUCUUUUCAGAAAAAGUACUAUAAAUGAAAAAAUUAUAAAAAUAAAAAAACAAAACGAUAACAUCAUUGUAAAACCUACAUCCUUCUCGGACCUAUAUAUCCCAUUUUUCAUAGCGUUUAGCAUUUUCAUAUACAUCUCAUAUAUAUAUAUAUAUAUUUAUACGGCAUUUUACCAUACGGAGGAAAAAUUUAGCGCAUAAUAUUGUCAUCUGAAUCCGGUGGGUUUCUUUGGUAAACGGACAUUUUAACCGCAUAAAAAGAAACUAUAGAUAACUGGUUUUCAAUGUUGUAGACUGUGCGCCAAGGUCAGGUGACUAAACGUAAAAUAGUAGACUUUUUAAUUUUUAUUAUUAUUAUUAUAAUUUUUUUUUUAUUUGGCGAGGGGUUUCUGAAAUAAGCGAACCGAUUAUCACUAAUAUCAUGUCUCCCCCCAAGUCACUUACGACAGUGGAUUCGUAUUACAAAAAAACUAUACCGAAAAGAUCUACGUAUCAAACAUAUUUGUUUAUUAAAUCCUAUGUCACUUACAUUUAAUUUAUUAUUAUAUGAAUAUAACUAUUAUACAUAUAUUUUUAUAGAUUCUGAGUGGAGCUAGGGAUGUAUUGGUCUUACAAAGAUGUUUAAUUUUUAUUUAAUUUUUUUUUUUGUGAACAAUUUUUCUACAAGAAAACAUACACCGAUUAUCAAUUGUAGCACCUUUUCUGAAAGGAAAUUUUCUCUAGGUGAUACUUUAGAUAGGUCAUUUUUUCGAUAUUCUCGUUAAUAUUUGAGAUAAUUAGGAAAACCGAGUUCUUUAAGUUAAAUAAAGAUUGAAAAGUUAAAAAUAAGUUUGUCAUUAGCAAACAAAAGUUUUUAUUAUUUAAAGUCUUUUUUUUAAACGAUCAUUGAUGUCAUGGAAAUGCACAUUAUUGUUAUCAUCUUACCAUAAUAUGACCAAAUAUUUAUUGUUAACAAAGCAACCCUAUCAACUGAUAGCUUGGAAUUGGUUUUUUCGUUACUUACAGAUUUACAUUAAAUUGUUUCACUGUAUUCAUAAUUCUUUAUUGUAUUCCUCUGAGUGAUCUAUUCAAUUCUCUAUAACCGAUGAAAUCUAAAAAAAAAUUAUAAUAAAUAAAAUACAAUUACAUCUAAUAGCGACUCAUAGGCAACCCCUCCCCCCCAGUGUGCCGGUAAUAUUAUACAAAAACGAUCAGCAAGGUAAUUCAAAAACAAAUCAUGGGUAUACACAUUUUUCAUGUAGAUGAGAGUACAUAAACGCUAUCAUAUUCUAAAAUCGCUCUAAAUAACUGUUUUCCCAAUACCCUAUUAUUAAAGAAUACACUUAUAUCAUGUUUUGAAA